AUGGAAAAGAAACUAGAGUACGAGGCGUUACCACAGAGAGGACCGAGAAGGAGAAAGAAGAAGAAUAAGAAUGUUGAGAAUGUCGAGAACGACGACGAUGAAGACGAAGAAAACGAGAAGAAGAGAGCGAAAACAAACGACAAACCCAUGAAGAAGAAUGUGGUGGUGAUGAUGAUGAACACCACCAACGAGGGCGAAUAUGAUGGGGAUGCUAAUGAUGGGGAUAAGAGGACGAGAACGGGCGCGAAUGCAACAACAACAGCAACAACAACAACAGCGUGUUUUCUUUCGACAGAACCAAUCGUGAGCUACGACACCACCGCUGCAACUAAAAAUCAAUACGAAUACAAAGACCACACGGCGGAUAUUCAAAUCAAAAGCUGGGGCGACUCCAUCACCACCGCGUUCGCUUGGUCAGCUCUGGGAAUGUUCGACUACAUGACGCCACUUCAUAAUAUAUCGGAAACGCCGAAAGUGUAUAGAAAAUUUGAGUGCUCCGCGCACGACUUGAAGUCGCUCUUAUUCGCAUUCUUGGACGAGUUGUUGUUCGUGUUCCACACGGAGAGUUUAGUGUGCACGAAAAUCCAAAUCAACGAGUUUCGAGAAAAUGAAGGAAAUCUAGGAGAAGAAGUAAAUCGAUGGACGAUUGAAGGUAUUGUCGCGGGAGAUUUGUUCGUCGAUGGCGUGCACGAACAAGGCACGGAAGUCAAGGCGAUUACGUAUUCGGAAAUGCAAAUUCACGUCGCAGAGGAUGGUUCAACGGAGGUGUACGUGAUAGUAGAUAUAUAA